AUGGCCCCUCUGCCCACGGCGUCGGCUCUCCUGCCCUCUGCGAGGGACGAAACCCUGAGCGGCUGCGACGGCGAUUUGUCCCCCGACGCCUCGGCGCCGGCCUUGCUCGCAUAUCAGAUUCUGCCGCCAAUCCCCGCGGUCGUGCCGCCUCUCUCCUUCCGGGAUCCGCAGCCUCCGCUCGCUUCGUCCGCGUGCAUCGCCUCGCGCCACCACCCUCCGAUGGUCCGCCACCUGCUGGACUCUUCGCAUCCGCUUCCUUCGCGCAAACUCGCGUCUUCUCUGCUCGCCGCCUUCGCUUCACCUGCCGCUCAGCCGACUUUCUCUGCGUGUCCGGAGGCGCCCCAGCUAAACCUGUCUGGCGACGCGGCGGCGCGCUCGCCGCGUGCGCGGGGCAAGGCGCAGCAGAAGCAGGCCGUGGCUCACGCGGUGGGCGAGGAGGCGACAGCUCCGGCGCGUACAGACACCGUGGCGGAGUCCGAUGACGCAGGCGCCAAGCCGCGGCGCAGCCCCGAAGUGUCGCACGCCUGCUUGUCUGCGGCGGGCGCGUCUGCGUCUCGCCUGUCCGCGGGGAGGCUUUUAGGCGCCCCUGACGCGCAGCCGGUUCCCUCCUACUCGCCUCUGCGGCGGUUCACUGAGUCCGUGGCGCCCUCCGCGGCUCCUUCUUCUUCGCUCUUCAUCGCGCCGUUUUUUUCGUCCCCGGCGGCACCACAGAGGUCACCGACUUCUCUCCAGUCGGAGCUUGCGUCCUCCGCGUUGCGUUGCCGCGCCGCCGAGCUGCAGCAGACGCGCCUCUUGCGCGCGCUCGCGGCGGCGGUCUACCGCGCCGUGCAUCCCCACGCGCGCAACCUUGCCGAUAUCAUCGAAACUCACGGCCUUGCGGCGGCCGCAGACCUGUACGCGCAGGGCGCCGUCGCCUCCGAGACCGCGCGGCUUCGCCAGAAAGAUGAUUCCCUCGAGAGCGUCAUCGGCGCGGCCCUAACGGGACACCGAUCUCCACUUCUGGAGGAGGCGUCCUCGCCCGUCACAGGUGCGUCGCCCUUCGCGUCUCCGCGUCCUCUGCUUUGCGGCGCGUCCGGCGACGCCGCCUCAUCCUCUCGGCCGUCGCUGCUGGGCGCUCGACGAGGGAGACGCGAGGCCUUUCUGGUCUCGAGCGCCUCGAUCGUCGCAGAGGGCGACAGGGGCGGCGCGGCGGAGGGCGAGGGCGCGGUGGCCUGGCGUUUUUUCAGAGGCAGCCGCGGAGACGUCUUCGACUUCCUGCCGGUCGUCGUCGCCGCGGCGGGCGUCGACGCCGGCGACCACCGCCUCGCUGUGCAGCUGCUGACGGCCGAGUGCAUGAGCCGCAGCCGCCGCACGUGGAAGAAGUGGCGCAGGCGCCAGCUGCGGCUGCAGCGCGAGCGUGCGAACGACACGACUGACGACGAGGCCGCGGAGGGGGACGCGGGGGGCGACGAAGGCCGGGCGAGGCCUGCGCAGGAGCCAGAGGAGGCGCGCGAGGAGGAGGGCGUUUUCUUCUUCCGCGCCGCGGUGCUGCGCGCGUCCGAGUGCAACUCCGUCGCGGCCGCCAUGCAGUCCAUGUAUCUCCAACUCACGGCGCCUCCCGUGAGCUUCGCAGGCGCGUCGUCGCUUCGCCCGCGGAGGGACGACGCAGCCACGACUUCGCUUUUCGCCGCGGCGAGCCAAAGCCUCGAGAAGGCGAUUCAUCCGCUCCUCCGCGGCGCGCGCGCCCGCGAGGACGUCUCCACGACCGUCGCCUGGGAGUCAGCGCCGUCGACCUUGCUCGGGCGGGCGGCGGGGCCUGCCUCCACGCAGACGCAGGCCGCCUCGACGCUUGAGCACCUGCUGCUCGCGCAGCUCCAGACAAAGCGCGAGGACCGACUGCAGGCGGCCGCUGCAGGCGGUCGGAAGGCGGGCGAGAACGGCCUCUUCGCCGCGCCGUUCGUCCUUGGGGACGAAGCGGACGACGGGCGAGGAGACGACGCUGAGGCCGCAGCGGCCGGCGGCGAGGGCAUGCUCGGCACCGCGAAGCGAUUCGACGGCAUCUGCGAGAAGCUCGAACUCUGGUGGAGAGCCCUCGAGCUGUUCCCAGACGCGGCACAUGCAGACGCGGCCGAGGCGACCUGCGAGAAGGCCGCGACGAUUCGAGGCGCACGUCGCGGGCGAGGACGGGGGCGACUGGGCGACGGACUCCUCGGCGCAGACGAAGGCGCGCUGAGCGUCGCGCGCACGCGCCGGCAGAAGCAGGUUCGCGCGUUGUGGGACGAAGGCAGCGACGAAGAGGACGAGGACGCAGAUUCGGGCGACGAGGCCGCGAGGGCGAAGAAGAGCGGGAGCUCGCAGGCUGCCAGAGGCGCAGGGAGCGACGCGCGCGCGCCGAGAAAGAAGUCGCGCGCCGCCAGCGUCUCCAGCGACUCGCCGUCUGGCGCACGGGAGGCCUGCGCGGCAGCUUCGCCCCUCGCGGUCGGCACAUGCGUGUUCAGGCCCCUCUCGGGCUCGGCGGCGGAGGCAUCGUGCUUGGGCGAGGACCUCGUCGCCCGGCGUCGGGGUGGCGCGCCGGCGGUGCGCGUGGACUCGGCGGCGCUGCUGGUCGUCCUCGAGGAGACGGAGGCGUUUUCGCUCUCGUUUGUGGCUUCCUUCCUGCAUCUCCUGGCACUGCUCCGCACGCAGUGCCGCCUGCCGCUGGUCGUGGUCACCGCGGCGUCGUCUAGUUCCUCGGUGCGGCAGUUUCUGUCCCACCCGCGGACAACCUGCCGCCUUGCGGUGGAGGCCGCGACGCUCCUGCAGCCGUCCCUGGUGCAGCAGCAGAUCGUCACCCUCCUGCUCUCCUCGGCGGCGACGCUGCCCUUCACGCUCGCGCUUCCGUCUCUUCUCGUUCUGCUUCAGCACACAGAGGAAAACGCGACUCCGUCGGUCCUUCAGCUCGUUCACCUUUUCCAGCUGGUCAUUCGCAUGUUUUACCAGACGCAUCCGCUCGCCUUCCUCUGCCGCGGCUUCGAGGACGCGGUCGGCCUCCUCCACGCAGAAGAAAGUGAGGACGGCGCCGAGGCAGACGCCCGGGGGGGAGGAAAGAAAGCUGCGCACGCCGCCGAGCGGAAACCGCGCUCCAGCUUAGAGAGAGCCGGCGAGAGCGACGCGGCGGGCGAGGACGGCGCCCGGAUCGCGACAGCCAGCGAAGCGAAGGCCACGCAAUCCGCGGAGGACGCGGGGACUCCUGAGGGCGAAGAGGCGGCAAGAAGCUUCCAUGCGCGAGCCUCGCAGGUGCUGAAAAAGUGGCGACGCCGCAUGGAGCUCCUCGCGUUCUCUUCCGUCACAGAGGAUCACAUUCGCCUCCUCACGCAGCUCCUCCGAAACACGUCGGAGGUGUACGUCCACCUGGUAGCCGCGCAGCAGCACGGCUUUCUUUUCUUCGAUCGAUGUUGUCUGCAGCAGGAGCAGCUGCUGCAGAAGAACGCGGCUCUCGGCGGCGCUGUGCCCAGAGCUUCGCCGCUCGCGCGCCGCUCGCGCCCCUGCGACGACGAAGAAAGCGACGAUGAAAGCGCUUCCGAGAACCCGCCAGCGUCCUCGCUGUGGGUCGAGGCGGCAGCGACGAGCCCUUUGCCCGUGGCUGCGUCGUCUUUGACGAGUGCGAGCCCAGUCUUCCCUUCUUUGCCGGCCUGCCUGCGGGCGGGCGGCUGCGCGUGUCGCCGCGCGGUGCUUGCGCAGCUGCGGGCGUGGUGUGGGUCGCGGGCGUUUCUCGUCUUCUCCAAGGUGCAAGAAGGCUUCAAGGAGCGGCGCGCGGCGCUGCUUGAGCGGCGCCGCCUGGCGCGGCGGCCGCAGGAAAACGAGGCCGAGGAGGACGAGCAGCUGCGACGCGACGAGCGCGAGGCCAUCGCGGCGGUGCUCUGCGCGGAGGUGCUUCCGCAGUCCCUUCUUGACCUCGCCGAGCGACGUCUCGGUGUCGCGCUCGCCUUCCGUCUUCUUCUGCUUCUGCAGCAGCAGCUGGAGAGGCAGCGGCGGAGCGGCGGGCCGCGGGCAGCUGAGGGCGGAUGCCGCUCUUUGCUGGCGCUCCUCGCCACUGACACGGAGACGGCAAGCCUGCGCAGCGGCGGUGGGAAGGCGGACUCGAGGCGCUCGGCGGCGCGCGGGAGCCAAGCGAAGGCCAAAGCGAAGCCGCAGCGACGCGCGGCAGACGAGGAGGAGAGCGGCGAGAGCCAAACAGAGGCAGACGAUCGGUCGGACGCGAGCUCUGAGGACGAUGGAGAACGCGACGAACGAGACGGUGGCAGCGGCGCUGGCGAAGUCGAGAGCGGUAGCCGGACGAUGAUCGACGAGCUCGAGAGACUCCUCGGCGUGCACGAAGAAACCGCAUGCAUCUUGAGGAAAUACAGGCCUCAACAGCGCAUCCAAGAAAUGGCGCGUGCGACGCGUGCUGUCGGCGAAGACUUGCACCGGCUGAUGGGCGGGCUGUACGAGGAGCUCGCGGUGGCGGCUCCCGCGCGGAUCGCGCACGACAGCGCGUCCUACCCGACGUCCUCCUGUGCGUCGUCUGCUGAGGGAGGACUCGUCGAUCCCGCUGCGCUCUCGCUGCCUUUGAAGCGCUUCCUGCAGCAAGGUCACCGCGAGCUGUGUCUCCUGCGAAUCUUCCAGGCGUCGCGCGGCGAGACGCCUGCGGGCCCGUCGCGCGGGGCGGCGCCUUCCAGUCCGUCGGGAGUACAUACAGCCGAGAUCCUGCAUGCGUUUGAGAAUCUCGCGGCGCUGGUGCGCGACCUCGACGAGACGUCGGCGGCGCUCGCGGUGGCCUCGACGAAGCGCGAGGAAAGCGUCAGAUCCAACUCGCAGCCCCGCUCCAGCAGCGUCUCGCCUCUGCGCGAAGCCGGGCGCGACGACUCGAAGGGGCGCCGAUCAGUGUCUCCUUUGUCGCUUUCGCCUCGUCUCUCUGCGAGCCACGCGCCUGAGCGGAGGCUCACGGCGGAAGUCGCGGUUUCAGCCCUCGCAAACGGCGCGACAGGAGAGCUGGAGCGGGUUGCGGCUCCCCGUGGCUUCUCGCCGGUGGGGCUGCCGCCGGGCGCCGCGCCUGAGGACAGGGCGCUGCCGGUAUCUGAUCGUCUCUCGGCGCUGAAAAAUCGGUUUCUGAGCACGGUGGAGCAGCUCCUUCUGCUGCUGCUGCUCCCCCUGCCCGCGUGGCACCCUCUCGGGAGCGAGUUGGCAGUGUGGGGCGGUUCGCUGGCGAUUGAAAUCGCGACUGCGAUGGGGCUAAGUGCGGCAGCGCAGCCCGACCGUGGCGAGCGCGGCCUGAAGAGCCAACUGGUAUCUGCGGCGCAGUCGCUCUGCUUGCAUCUCGAGACAAUCCCGCAGCGCGAGACACUCGAACACCUCGCCAUGUGCAACCCCUUCUACCUGCAGCAGUUCCGCGAUUCGGAGGACGAAGCCGAGGGAGACGACGCCAAGGUUGACGGCGACGCACGGAGGCCGCUGCGCCGGGCGCGGGAGGACUCGAAGCAGGGCGGGAACGAAAACGCACCGGACGCUUCGGCUGUGCUUGUAGAAGACCUCGCUGUCGUGUACAGACUGCUGGGAGAGGCAGGCAAGCGCAUCGCAAUGUGGGACUUUUUCUGCGCGUUCUGCCGCGAGACGCUGGGUGCGCGCCUGGCGCAUGAGAAGGCUCUGCUGAAGCGCCGAGAGGGCGGCGUGGAGGCCGCGGCUGAACGCGUCGAGGAGGGUGACGACGGCGAAGGUGCGCACAAGAGGAGACAAAGCCGGCAGAAGCGGAAGGACAAGAAACUGCAGGAGCGCCAGUUCGAGUUGGACGUCCUCCAACUGAUGGAAGCCGAAGGCCAAACCGCCGCUCAACAGGUCGCGUCAGCCCCGUCCCGGUCAACGGGCACCUGUCGUUCGUCCGCCCGCGCUUCCUCCUCUCCAUAUGCUUCUUCGGUGCCUCCGGCGAACCUGCUGCAGCAGCUCCAGCUGCGCUUCGCCGUCGCACUGGGCACGCUGGAUCACCAGCUCGGCCUUCUUCGCUUGCCGAGCGCCGGCGCCGUCGCGGCGGCCGCGGAGCAGAUGUUGGUCGAGGGCGCCCCACGCGAACAGGCGGGGCUGCUGUUUUCCGCGCACGACGGCGACGGGGAUGAGGAACUGGACGAUUUGCGCGAGGAUGCGGAAGGCCACGAGCUGGACCAGGCGCGAAGGGGGUCUACAGAGGGCGCCGGUGGUGCCGGGGAACAAAAGCGCAAUACCAGGAGCAGCGGCAAACGCGGGCUGUCGCGCCUCGCGCGGGGCGGAGGCAAGGCAGCCGGAGACGAGGAAGAAGACAGCGACGAAGAAGUGGGCAAGGAAAUCGAGGAAGAACUCAUACAGAUGCGGGAGCUGCUGCACGGGGUGUACGCACACCGCACGCAGUUCGGGACGGUGUAUGUACACGGCAACGACAGAGAGCGGCGAGACGAAGAGGAGGAACAAGAGGAGAAGGAGGUGAAAGUGGAAAGGCGAAGCAGGAGAAAGACGCGGGAACGGAAGAAAAAGGCCAAGAGGGAUGACUACGACUACUAA